AUGGCUCUCACAACAAAUCUCCUUGCCACCACCAGCAACACCGUCAAAUCGGAUGGCCUCAACUUAACCACUUCCUGGAUCGUCGCUUGUCACAGACGAAACGUAGACUCCAAACUUCUUCUUCUUGUCGUGAGAGGGAAGAGCUAUUUCGUUACAGGUGCCACAGGGUUUCUUGGUAAAGUGUUGAUUGAGAAAUUGUUGAGGGAAAGUCCUGAGAUCGGGAAGAUAUUCAUUKUGAUGAAAUCCAAGGAUCAGGAAUCAGCAAAAAAGAGACUAUCUAUCAUCAUAAGCUCGGAUCUGUUCAAGAUUCUCAAGCAAUUGCAUGGGAACUCCUACGAAGCUUUCAUGAAGAGCAAGUUGAUUCCAGUAAUUGGAGACAUUGGAGAAGACAAUCUCGGGAUCGAAUCUGAAACUUUAGACAAGAUUACUGAGGAGAUUGAUGUCGUUAUCAAUGGUGCUGGUCGUACAACAUUUGAUGACAUAUACGACUCUACCCUAAGUGUCAAUGCUCUUGGACCUAGUAGGCUCUUGAGAUUCGGAAAGCAAUGCAAGAAACUGAAACUUUUCCUCCAUUUUUCAACUGCUUACGUGACUGGUAAGAAAAAAGGGACAGUACUAGAGACUCCUCUCUGCAUUGGAGAGAACAUAACUUCUGACUUGAACAUCGAAUCAGAGCUGAAACUAGCUUCAGAAGCUAUCAAAGACUUACAUGGCAAUGAAGAAAUCAAGAAACUGAAAGAAUUUGGUAUCGAAAGAGCUCAACACUAUGGCUGGGAAAACACUUACACAUUCACAAAAGCUAUAGGUGAGUCUAUAAUUCAUAGCAAGCGAGGAGAUUUGCCCGUAGUGAUCAUAAGGCCGAGUAUUAUCGAAAGCUCUUACAAGGAACCUUUCCCUGGAUGGAUCCAAGGAAUAAGGAUGAGUGAUCCAAUAGUCUUAGCCUAUGGCAAAGGCCAGAUUUCUGAAUUUUGGGGAGAUUCACAAAGUUUAUUGAACAUUAUACCUGUUGAUAUGGUUGCGAACGCGGCAAUAGCAGCCAUGGCAAAGCAUGGUUGUGGUAUCUCAGAGCUUAAAGUUUACAAUGUCACUUCUUCAUCUCAUGCGAAUCCCAUGCGAGCUGGCGAAUUCAUGGACCUCUCUCAUAAACAUCUGUGUAACUCUCCAUUGGUGGAAACAGUGAUAGACUUAGAGCGUAUGAUAUUCUACACUUCCUUUGAAGAUUUCAGCUCCUCUGUAUCCAAUAGAAUAACAAAACAAGAAAGAGAGAUGAACAAUGGAGGAGCAGAUGAGUCACUUACCACAUCGAGCAUCAAGGGCAAGAGGAAGCUUAAGUAUUUUGUGUCCUUAGCAAGAACAUAUGAGCCUUAG